GAUACCGGCAAACAAAUAUCAGUGUCAAUGUUCGGUUCAGCACCCUGCAUACUGAAUACAAGACAAUAAAUUAAUUCAAUCGUAAGUAGCUAGCUAACACUAGUUAUGGCCGUGUUUUAGAAGACGCCGACUUGUAUCAAAGCGCACCGAAAAACCAUACAAGUGCUAGUUUGACAGCCAGACAGUAGGAGGAGGGCUGUUUCUUGUAGGCGUGGCAAGGGGAGUGGCUGACCUUCAUGCUGAGAGGUCACGGAGGAGGAGCCCCAUGGAUGAGGGUCAGUGUGAGAGGGCGGGGCCAGUGGUGUCAGAGGGUCAGGAAGGCGGGGUCGACCUCCACUACAACCAAUUAGACCACUCGGAAACAAAUCAGGUCUCCGCCCACCAAAACCAGAACUGGACACAGACUCAAUUAGAUGAUGGUCAGAGGGUUGGAUGUGACUCCAUCGAACAAGACUCUUUAAACAGCAAUAGGGAGGAAGAGGAGGAGGAAGAUGGUGAUAGAAAUAUGAAGGGAGAGGAAGAUGAUGAUGAUGUGAUGGUGGAAGAAGAGGAGGAGGACAGCAGCGUGACUCGUGGCCAAUCACCCGACACUCCUAUGACUGACUCCUCCUUCUCAGACACAGGCAGAUUGGUAGAGCUCCACCCAUCUGUGUCUCCAGAGACUACAUAUCCCAUCAGCCCCGAAGCAGGUAGUCCAGACGAGCCCUCCUACAGUGACCCAAAAGGGGAGACGCACGCCUCCACCACAGGACCCACCUCCACCACAGGACCCACCUCCACCAGAGGACCUACCACCUCCACCACAGAGCCUAGCUCUGCUCUCCUGGCCACCCUACAGGAGCUAGGGGAAUGUAAAGAUCACUCCCACCUUCCUCAGUGCCUCCAUCAGAUAGCUGUGGCCUUUGUCCUCCAGGAAGAUUAUGAGCGAGCAGUGUGGUGUGUUCAGCUAGAGAGACUCUACCACCAGAGACUACUACACAACCUGACAAAAAUGCAGGAACAGUGGGAGAGGAACAGUAACACUGUCCUGGCUGCACAGCAACUGGACAGACUCGCACACAUCUGCAAAACACACCAACGGUGUGUGUGUGUGUACGUGCGUGCGUGUGUUUGUUUGUGUGUGUGCGUGUGUGUGUGUGUGUGUGUGUUGUUGGGAUGUUUAGGGGACUGUAAAGGGAGAGGUUGGGGACUUGUAACACUUUUUCCAUGUUGCUCUCUAUCUGUCUCUAUCAUUGGUCGAUUAGUUGAGUGUGCAUCAGGGAUGGAGGAGGACCAUAGAGUAACAGACUCCACCCUCUCCCAGAGCAUCUACCCAAUCAAAUCAGCUGCAGCCCUGAUGGACAGCCUCUGCUUCAAUGACUUUGCACCUCUGGACGUGGCACAGGACUGCGGAGACUCCAAGGGGAUUGAUGGUUUCCAUAGAGACUAUCUUAUUGACGGCUCCCUUGCCAAAGGGGAGGAGAGGGAGGGCAGGGCUGCGUUCACAGACUCUCUGAGCAGAGGAACAGGACAGCAGACUGAGAGAGAGAUGGAACACACCACUCAGGAGGGGUGUGCUGGGCCGGACCCUCCUACGGAUGGAGAAAUGAGCCGAUCCAAGCCUGAGGAGCGGCAGGGAGGAGAGGAAGAACAGGAGGAGGCCUUGGCAUUGGAUAAAGAGGAGGUGAAGAGGGAUAGCGAUGUGUGUUUUAAAGCUCCUCUAGAGGAGAUCUCAGUCUUGGCAGUGAAAGAGCAGCUCACACUGGAGGAGGUGCAGCAGGAGGAGAACCAGGUUAAGGAGGAGCAGUGUGAGGAGUAUGAUCAGGAAGAGGACAUGUUUGAAGUGGAGAGGAUCAGAGAUGGAGCAGCUUCUCUCGACAACCUGGCCAAACGCAUCACAGUGGAGGAGAUGACCCCUGCCCCUAGCCUGGUGUCCAUCCUGAAGAGGAGGAGGAUGAGUGUGUGUGUGGAGAAUGUGUGUGUUGCUCCCUCCUCGGCCCCGCACAAACACCACGCUAACCGCAGGGUCCGCUUCAAAGUACCUGAUGACGGCUUUGACCAGGACGAGGUGGGCGGAGACUCGUGCCUGCUCCUCUUCCUGCUCUGCCUGGUCACCGUGGUGAUCAGCCUGGGAGGCACAGCCCUCUACUGUGCUCUGGGCGACGCCCACUCCACCGUCUGCACCGACUUCUCUCGGAAUGUGGACUUCUGCCUUGCACAGCUGCAUCGUGGGAUGGAUCAGCUCCGACACUGGCUGACCCCCAAGGAGGAGAGAAGAUAGGAGAUGAGAGAGCGGGAGAGGAAGGAAGAUCCCUUGUUUUGCAAAGUGGAUACUCUCCUUUCUCCAACCUGGACAGGAUUUUCUCCCGUUUUCCUAUCUCUCUCUCUCUCCACCUCUCUCUCUCCACUGGCUGGCCAGUUAAUGUGUGUGACGGGAGAGAGAGAGUGAUGGAACGUGUAUGUGGUACUGGUAGCCUGCAACCACACCAACAGCUGCCUAAGACAUCUGCAGCGUUGCCUAGUAGAACUAGUAGGAAUGGCCUAGGACCUGUAGUACACUGUAUUACCUAUAGAUUUUAACUAUACACUACUGGACAUAGACUGACUCGGUGUCAGCCCAGAGGAAGGGAUAGACUGGGCUAGACUCAUUACCACUGACCUUGGAUCUGCUCACUACUACAUGGAGCCGUCUGGGUCCUUCAGGCAUGGAUAAGACCGCUCACAUGUGCAGACAGGAAGCGGCUGGUCGGCCUUUUUAGAAACCGCCGCGGCUCUUUGUUUACUGCCUCCAUUUUGAAUCUCAACAAUUCUGCUGUGGUCAGAAACACGAAAUAAUGUCUUACAAAAUACUAUAUUAAUGAACGUUUUGUUUUAAUGAAACAGAUUUUACUUUUCUUUAUGUUCCUCACUUUUGAAGAUUCUUACGGAGAAUGUCAGGGUGUUUCUUUGGGCUGAAGUUAGUAGUUGCCCCUAGCCACAGAUCUGAAAUCAAAUCUUGACCUUAUCCUCAACCAGGAGGGGGAGGAAAUAUCUGAUUCUUUAUCAGUGGUAAGGGGCAACUUCUACAACUUCUGUUUGAGGGUGUCUGGGAUUAUUGUGUUUUUUUGCUCUACAGAGUGGAGCAUUGGCCCUUGAUGACUCUUGGUGUGUGUCGGACGGAGAUAUAUGCAACAUGGACAAGAAAGCAAUACAUGUCUGUAAUCGUCUUCAAGAAUAUUUAGCCUCCUAAGGAUCAGGUCGGUACUAGAAGAAGAAUAUCUGUUCAGCUGAGAAUUGUCUUUGUUCAGGCAUGUGUAUAUUUAUCUUUAUUGUAAAAUAAUUAUGGGCAUGAUCAGUAUUACACCGAGUGCAUUACCACUUGCGAUCAAUGGACUUGAUUGAUUUUGACUUAUUAUAUAUAUAUUUUUAAUUGUGCUCAGUUUUUUUCUUCAGGCUUUUUUAUGUGUCAGUCGGCGGUAAUGCACAAGUCAUGUGACGUUUUAGUUUCGUUAAGAGUUCAGUAGACAUGUCACGGUGGCUCCUAUGAUAAUGUAAUGAUGAUGUAGGCUGGGAAGUGACUCUUAGGCUGCAUCCCAACAGUCUAAAGUGUCUUCCUCUCCUUUCCUCCUCGUCUCCUCUCCUUGUCUCCUCUUUCAUCUCCUCUGAUCUGAAAACACAAGAUGGGUGAAACCAGCAGCAAAAUAUCACCCUAUUCAUAACUGUUUUAAAAUGGACAAUAUAGAUACAUUAUUAUUAACUUGGAGGAAAGGAAGAAUGCCAGGAUCAAUUUGCUUUCAUCUUUCAAGGUUCUUUCAGAGGGGGGCAGAUGAAGGAGAAGAGACGAGAAGAGGAAGCCUUGGUUUUAAAAUGAUUUGCACGCGCCUGGCUGGUCCAGAUGACUCUCUCUUACUGUUUGGAUCUGAAGUAUUUAUAUUAUAUCUGCACAAUGUGGGGCGAGAGAAAAAACCAACAAUCAAAUCAAUCUUUAUGUGCAUGUCCCUUUUCUGUUGUUUCUCAUGUUUUGGCUUGACGUGGGUAUCCUAGGUUGUUAUUCUCCCUUGUUUUGUUCUUGAAGACUAUGUUUUGAAAAAGAGGAAUCUCUUUCUGAGACUCACCAGUUAAAGAAUGUCAGUUGGAAAAGUCAGAACAGAAGCUGGACAGAAAGUUUGUCUCUGUUUUAAAACUUUUGAUCUCUGUAUGAUGACAUGUGAAGACGACUAGCUAAUGUUUGUCUUCUUGGCUAAUGCUGCGUUGAUAACCAAGUGGGAAGGUAGUAAUUACCAGUUGUAAUUGCUCUCCAAUGCCUUGAACAGCAUUGGAGAGCCUCCCUCACACAUAGUGCCUUCAGAAAGUAUUCACACCCCUUGACUUUUUCCACAUUUUGUUGUUACAAAGUGGAAUUAAAAUG